GAGACCUUGAUUCGGCUUGAACGAACUGAGCCUGAGGAAGAUCUGUCAUAGCCUGCAGAAAUGGCGUUGAAUCUUCUUCGAGGUGCUGCACGCUCCUCUGCCCGUUUGGGCAUGAUGCGAUCUGCUGGAGCCAGUGUGAGAACAUACUAUGAUCCUCGCUUUCCCUUCGUUCACCCAGAGAACCCGAAAAGCGCAGUAGAUGUUGCGUUUGUACAUGACUUCCCUGACCGAACGGUGAUGUGCAUUUUGGACACAAACUGGGAGAAGCUUCCUUCAUCAGAGCAGGAGAAGGUCAAGCCUAUGUUGGAUGACGGUCGUCUGUAUAUCCUGAGAGAUGACGUAUACAACUACAAACCUCUGCCUCGUCACUUCUUCCCCGGCUUUGUUGCGUUGCAACUGCUCGCCUGUUUCGUCAUAAUGUUUGGUUUCCCUCUGUACGUCGUCAAGCACUUUGACAAGCACAGGGUGCCCAAUGACAUGGAAUAAUCUAGUCCUCUAUGUAGCCGCUGUGCAAGGUAUGCUGUGUUCUUUUUCGCUGUUACAUGCAUGUCGCUGUUGUUGUCAAUGAAUAAUUUAUCAUUCAAGUAGCUGGUAUACUGUGUUGCUUUUGCCUUUUUUUGCACAUGGGAUGUGGCACACGUACGUAAGCCUUGUGGAACUCUUGACUAGGUGCUUCUGUUCAAAGAGAAUGAUCUUCUCACUACUCGAGCAUUUGAAUAAUUAUCUUCAGCAGAGUGAGCACAAGCUCUGCGCCUGUUA